UCUGUUCAAACCCGUCUGGACUGUGAUCAACGUUCUUUCCCCUCACUGUGUGAUUCUGAAGACCACCGGCAGCAAACUGGGUCGAUCCGAGGAGAGGAAGGGGCUCCACUUUCAGCACAAGAAAUGGACCUGGAUCGUGGAUUCUAUCGACGGGUGGACGUCCCAGAUCAUGUUCACUACAUCGUGGCCUUCUUCGUCCUGGUCAUCGGAGCCGUUGGUGUUUCCGGGAACGCCCUGGUCAUGUAUGCGUUUUUCUGCAACAAGCGGCUCCAGACUCCUCCCAAUAUAUUCAUCAUAAACCUGGCGGUCAGCGACUUCUUGAUGGCCAUCACACAGUCGCCCAUCUUCUUUGUGAACUCCCUGUAUAAAGGAUGGAUUUUUGGGGAAACGGGUUGUAAGAUUUAUGCCUUUUGUGGCGCUCUAUUCGGAAUCACCUCCAUGAUAAACCUUCUGGCCAUUUCGGUCGAUCGCUACAUCGUCAUCAGCAAACCCUUGCAGGCCAUUCAGUGGUCGUCCAGGAGACGAACCCUCCUUAUUAUCUCCCUAGUUUGGCUCUACUCACUGGCGUGGAGCCUGGCUCCACUUUUAGGAUGGAGCUCAUACAUACCAGAGGGGCUGAUGACCUCAUGCACGUGGGACUAUGUGUCAUCGACACCCUCCAACAAAAGUUACACACUGAUGCUGUGCUGCUUCGUCUUCUUCAUCCCUCUGGCCAUCAUCUCCUACUGCUAUCUCUGCAUGUUCCUGGUCAUUCGACAGGCCAGCAGGGACGUGGAAAAGCUAGGAAGCCAGGUGCGGAAGUCCACGCUGAUACAACAGCAGUCCAUCAAGACAGAAUGGAAGUUGGCCAAGAUUGCCUUCGUGGUCAUUAUCGUCUUCCUGCUUUCCUGGUCACCGUAUGCAUUUGUCACCCUCAUAGCCUGGGCUGGGUAUGGAAGUGCCCUCAACCCAUACUCCAAAGCAGUCCCAGCUGUCAUAGCCAAAGCCUCAGCCAUCUACAACCCCUUCAUCUACGCCAUCAUUCACUCCAAUUACAGACAAACACUGGCUGAAAAGGUCCCCUGUCUCCACUUCCUGGCGCAGCCACCAAAGAGAAACUGCAUUGCUGUGUCACAUGUUGAAGGCUCUUUCAGAGGCCUGAUGCUGAGUCAACAGUCUUCUGGUUCCAAAACCAAGUUCCACAGAGUUUCUUCUCUGCCCACAACAGACACACAGGCCUGGAGUGACGUGGAGCUGGACCCACUUGGCCGGAGGAAUUGCUUACAAACAAGUCCGUCUUUUGAUGCUCUGGAGGAGAAUGAACAUGCAUUUUCGAGAACGAACGCACAGGAAAAGAGAAUAAAUUGCCAGGAAGGAGUGAGUCUGCCAUCCCAGAAAGAGGCUCACUGAGGAGCAGGAAGGUCAAGUCCGUCCAGUCCACACCCCCUCAUCUGCUCUGAGAAGGAAAAAACAAAAGUGAUGGCUGGUGUGAAGAACAGGAAGUCUGAUCAUCAGGAUGGACAUGAGGGGGUGCGUGAGGAAGAUGGCUAUAAAUUCCCCACGACACCGUGUGUGUGCCAGAAUCCUGCACAAAGGCUGACCUGCGAGUGAGCUGGACAGCAGGCACACAGGAAUAUUUGUUUAUAGCAGCCUGCGACUGUUGACGGAACCUCAAUUGUUCUGACAGCCAUUCCAACACCAGUGAAGCUGGAUAGUGUUUUGCCAGCGCAAACAUAUCAGCCAUGUUUAUGGCCAGGAAUCCCCGGGGAGUGGAGCACAAUGACAGUUACAGCUUUAUUACAUGUAGCGUCGCUAGACCGUUUCAACAAAACACUGUUUUCUGGCAAGAGAGAUGGUUAAAAUGGUCAAAUACUUCAAACUUCUUUUAAAAAAUAUGAGAAAUAAACACACCAUUUUAGUUUAGUUAGGAACGAACAUAACACAACAACUCAUGAAAUACUACCAGCUGAAAAUCAGUUUUCCAGUCUUCUCCCCGGAUAUUUCUGCCUCAUUGCUGUUGCCCCAUCUGUAGACAUGUUUUCCUAUCUAACUAUUGUGCACUACUGUCGUUCUUGCUCUUUUCUGAGAUCGCCUCAAGGCCCAAAAACUGAAAGCUGCCGUUAACAAACCAAAGUCAUCGAUGAUGCCGCAUCUCUAACUCAAGCAUCAUAUCCUGAACGCUGUGCUGUAUUCGAGCAGAUGUUACAUUCAAGGUCACAUUUAUCAUAUGGACAGUUGGAUUAA